AUGGCGACAAAACAGAAGGCUGACGUGUGUCUGGCUGUGAGCGAAGUUGUCAAACAGGGAUACUUAUUUGUUAAAAGACCUCCUCGAAGAUACUUCGAUAAACUAAAGGCAUGGCAUAAGAGAUACUUCGUGCUGAGAGACGAAACGGAAGGUCCGGUGCUAGAAAUGUACGAUAAUCAAACUUCCGCUAUAAAUAAAAUAACAACAAAACCACAAAUAUGUUUAGAUCUGAAUCACGCCGUCCAUAUUGGUUUAAUCGAAGAUACUAGCCGAUUUCCAUUCUGUAUCGUUGUGGUUUGUCACGGUAAAGCGCCUUUGGUUCUAGCUUCCGAUGAUGAGUUGGGUGGGAAAUCGUGGCUGUUAGCUCUUAGUUUAGUAGCCCAUAAAGGUUCUACUAUGGAUCCUAAUUGGAGACCAGUUUGCGAAAGGAGAAAUACUGAAAGAAUAAAGAAGAGAAGUCCGAAGAGUUGUUCGUGUUCUUUAGAGCGACAAAUUCACGAUUCUCUAUCAACGGAUACCGAAGAAGAUUUCGAUUCCUCAAUAGUUUUCGAAGAUAUUGGCAUCGAUACUUCUUUUCUACGAGAGAAAUUUUCAGUCACCGUCCAUCCCACUAAGUACUCAGAAAAAGCUGGUUUGAGAGGAGAAGUAGAUUUAGCAAUAUUUACUCAUGGAAUUGGUGUUGUGAGACCAGGAGAGACUGAUUGUUCUUUAGUUUGGCCUGUAGCUUUCAUCAGACAAUAUAGACACGAAACAUUAGGAUCGAACAAGAGAUCAAAGAACACUUUAGUCAGCUUAGAAGUUGGCAGACGGUGUUUAACUGGAGAGGGGAUAUUUCAGUUUAAAACGCAGCAAGGUGAAGAAAUUAUUCAAGCACUCAAGAGAACAUUUGCAAUGUGGGCUAUUAAAAGGCAAACAUCUUUAAGUUUGAGGCAAGCUCGAUCGGAUCAAAGAGUUGGAAGCCAACGACAUUUAUGUUAUCAUGCAGGAUGUUCUGAACCUUCUACUCCUUUACUGUCUCUAACACAGUCGUAUCGAAAAAAACUAGCGACUUGUUCUAACCAAACCAAAGCUAAAGAAGUAGAGAGUGAUAUUAACUACAUAAUACCAAACUUCGACAAUUCUCCAGAUUCUAACAAUGACGAUGAUUCGUUAGAAAAUAUAGAAUCCAUAGCACAUUCUUCAGUUAAGGGUUCAAUGAAAAGUUUGCAAAGAAACGAUCCAACAAAAGAGAAAGAAGAAGAAGAUGAUGAAGAAGAAGCUUACAUUGAAGUAUUGCCAACCUAGUAUUCUGGAUUUAUACGUGAAGAAACCAUGAUAAUCAUUAGCAUGUGAUAACCUAUAUUAGGAUAAGUUAAAGUAAAUCAAAAUAAAAGUUAUUAUAUUUAAAUUAUUAUGUAAAUAUUUAUUUAUCAAAGUUUGAAGAAUGCAAUAGAAAGAGUAGAAUAUACUCUGUAAUAAGAGUAAUGGAAAUAAAUCAUGACAAGUGAGUUGUAUAUGAUCUAUAUGUAUCUAUGUGAUCUGUAUUGUUACUUUUCUUUGAUCUACUGCCUAGAUAUAUU